AUGCAAGAGUACCUCCACCACAUCACUGAGUUUCCGCAUCUGGCUGGGUCGGAGGGAAGCUAUGUCCUGGCUGAGUGGAUCGCGGAGGUGUUCAAGACGGCAGAGUUGGAGGGAGUGGACAUGGAGAGGUUUGAUGUGUACAUGAACUAUCCACGGAAGGGUGGGCGGCAGGUGGCGAUCGUGGAGCCAGAGGAGAUGAAGUGGGUGGCGCCGUUGGAGGAGAACGGAGAGUCUGUGGGUGUGUUUCACGGGCAUGGGAGAGGUGGGAACGUCAAGGGACCGAUUGUAUACGCGAACUAUGGGUCCAGGGAUGAUUUCAAGAAGUUGAAGGACGAGGGGAUCGAUGUCAAGGGCGCAGUGGUGUUGGUGAGGUAUUACGGCACGACAGAGGACGCUGGUGCGAAAAUCAAGGCAGCGGAGAUGGCUGGCGCAGUCGGCGCAGUGCUGUACUCGGAUCCUGGCGACAUUGGCUACGUUUUAGGACAAACAUUCCCUCAAGGACAAUUCUUGCCCGAGGACGGUGUUCAGCGUGACUCUGUGUCGUUGCAGUCUUGGGUGGUCGGUGAUAUACUCAGCCCUGGAUGGGCCUCGACACCUGGCGAGCCGAAUCGGAUAGAUCCCAGCAACAUUACCGGACUCACCACGAUACCUUCAUUGCCGAUUUCCUGGUGGGACGCGAAACAUCUCUUCGAAUCAAUGAAAGGUCUCGGCAAGCAGAUGAACCGCGACUGGCAAGGCGACAAGGAUUUCGAAUACUGGACUGGAGACAAGAACUCACCGGUGGUCCACGUGAAGGUCGAGCAGGAUGAGGAGCCUCGACAGGGCAUCUACAAUGUAUUAGGCAAGAUCACGGGCUGGGAGCAGCCAGACAAGAAAAUUAUUGUUGGCAGUCAGCGCGAUGCUUGGUGCGUAGGCGCGGGACCCGCAACGGGGACAGCUAUCAUGUUGGAUGUUGUUCGCAUCUUUGGUGAGCUACGACGGCUUAGUUGGCGACCGCUCCGAACGAUCGAAUUCGCCAGCUGGGAUAGUUCUGCAUUCAACCUAGAAGGCAGUACGGAACAUGUGGAGAACAGGAUCGAGGAACUACGGCGGAACGGCAUCGCUUACAUCAACAUCGAUACCGCCAUCACUGGACCAGACUUCACUGUGCAUGGCUCGCCUUUGUUGCGACGACCUAUCAUGGAAGCGACUGGUAGACUCCGCGACCCCUCGACCUUCGACAACGAAGACUCAGCUAAGAGCGUCAAAGACGCGUGGCACGACGCCGGAGGUCAUAUGAUCACUCCCGCUGGCCGCGAAGAUACUCUCCCUUUCCAGAGCUUCGCGGGCAUGUCCUCGCUCAACGUCGCUUUUUCGGGCAAUCGCUCCUUAGCUGGCAGCUGCUACGACAAUUACGACUGGAUCACCACCGUCGACCCCGGCUUCUCCUACCACAAAGCCCUGGGCGAGAUCUUCGCGCUCAUCAUCCUCGAACUCGCCGACAAGCCUCUCCUACCCUUUGACCUGCAAUCCAUGGCAGAUGAGCUCGGCCGCGCGGUCACCAAUCUGCACGAAAAGGCGCAAACCGUGUCGAUGCAGCUCGAUCUCAAACCCCUCGAAGACGCUAUCGCUCUCCUCCAACAAGUCGCCGGACAAACCCGCGAGCUGGAGGAGAUGUGGACGCGGCACGUCUUCAACCAUGGCGGCUUCGAGGGUGCGCGGCACAGUGUCAUGCGAAUCUUGCACAAUGAUCGCGUGGCGCAGUUCGAGAAAGACCUGUUGGACCUUGACGAAGGAGGUGGACUGAAGGGGCGAGAGCAGUAUAAAAGUUUGAUCUUUGGGGUAGAGAAGUGGGAUGCGACGAAGGGGGUGGUGUUUCCAGCGGUUGUAGAUGCGAUUGAUGAAGGGGAUAGAGGCGAGGCGCAGUUGAUGGUGCAGGCUGUUGCAGAUAAGUUGAGGGACGCUGCGGGUGGGUUGAGGCGGCCGCCUGGGGAAGAGGGCGAUGAGGUUUGA